AUGGAUUUUCAAGCCAGUGUAUCGAAGCUCAGCAGUCCUGUCAAAGACCUUGUUCUAUCGGUCACCCAAAACGGCACUCAGCACGUCGGGGCUCAGGAAACUGACACGCUUGCGGUGAACGAAUGGAUUGGCAAGAUCGCGCAGGGCGAUCUUGUGAAUGAAUCUGGCUUAAAGACUCUCAACACAGAACUCGUCCCCAAAACUUACCUUGUCAGCAACUACUUGACGGCUGCCGACGUAGCGUUAUAUGGAACCUUACAUCCGACAUUAUCAAAAUUGAAGCCGUCCGAAUAUUUUUCACAUCCAAGCGUAACGCGUUAUUUUGACCACAUCCAAUCCACUGCACCAGUUCGGACAGCCGCUGACGCGUUUGGGCCUUCAUUUACUGAGGUAACCUUUGAUUUCACCGAUGCCCCGCGCGCAGAUCGCAAAGUCGAAGCGCCCAAAAAGAAGAAGGAGAAAGUGGCUGAGCCAGCUGCUCCUGAGCCGACACCAACAUCUUCGGUCAAGGAAGUUGCAAGCAAACCUAAGAAGGAGAAGAAGGAGAAGGCCCCGCCAACUGGUGAUGAGACGGGCGGAAAGAAAAAGGGCGGUGCACCCGCCAAAGCAGCAGCUGCGGACGACUCGGGAGAGCCUGUUCCAUCCAUGAUUGACCUCCGAGUGGGUCACAUUGUCGACAUAAUGAAGCAUCCUGACGCUGAUGGCCUUUAUGUGGAGCAAAUCGACUUGGGAGAAGAAACGGGUCCUCGAACCGUUGUUUCUGGACUGGUCAACUAUAUUCCGAUCGAGCAAAUGCGGGACAAGUAUCUUGUCGCUGUGGCAACUCAGUGUAAUCUCAAACCAGCUAGUAUGCGCGGCGUUAAGAGUUUUGCCAUGGUUCUUUGCGCUACUUCGAAGGAGGGAAAGGAGGGUGGAAUUGAGCUCAUCCAGCCUCCAGCCAACUCCAAACCAGUGAUUGUCGUUUUCGUAAAAUCCCGGCCGACGUCGCUUGACGUAGAUGCUACGCCCUUGGCCCAACUCAAUCCCAAAAAGAAGAUUUUCGAGACAAUUCAACCAGGGUUCAUCACAUUAGAUUCGCGGGAAGCGGCAUGGGUAAAUCCAGCGACAAAAACGGUCCACAAAAUACGAACGAAGGAGGGUAUUUGUGUAGCCCCAACGUUAGUAGGCGCCUCCCUGUCGUAG